UUCCAGGUGAGUUUAGUGAGUGUAACACCUGUCAUCCUCCUCAGGAGGACCGGUACUUCCAGCAAUCCUGAGUUAAGGUGUCUUGAUCUCAGGUCAUAGUAUUGACCUUGAGUCAGUGUUGACAUCAGGUCAACGCAUUUACCUCAGCUCACAGUGUUCACAUCAGAAGUGUUGUGUCUUCUGGCAGUAGGUGGUCCGCCGCCACCUAACAACGACUUCUGGCAGUAGGUGGUCCGCCGCCACCUAACAACGACUUCAGGAUACAGGACCUAGCAGGAAAUAGAUACCCGAGAAUUAGUCAACUCUUGUAGGAUGCAUCCUAGGGAAGGAACUGAAUAGGAGCCCAGUGGAAAUAAGUCAUAUUGAUUGGCUUUAUUGAAUUUUCCUGGGCUACUAACCUUCGGGGUUAAUAAUAAUAUAAAUAAAGUCUCCUUCUUGCUGUACCCUUGACCAGAGCCGAGUGUGCCGAGCCCAGCGGUGUCGAGUAUCUUGACAAUGCUCUUGACAAGUUGUGUGAAGAAUACACUACUAUAGCCUCUUGUGGUGUGGUGCCUGGUGGGGCAGGGAGGCAGAGUAACACCAGCAGUCCGUGUCACUGCAGGGGACCUCCCCCGUGUCUGAGGGCCCACUUGUGCACUUGGGAAGCUUAUGGCAACAUAAUCUGAAACUAAGAGACAAGCGGACCUCACCCUUGUGUCCGCCAAGCGUAGAGAUGAAGUUUGAAAAUACUCCAUGUCAUGAUAGAGCGUCGUGAUGCUGGCAACGCUCUUUCUUGUCUCCUACGACUGCAGAAGAGAUGUCCGAGAGCAAAUGAUGGCAUCUUCUGAAACGGAGUCUCUAACUCACCACGCAUCAGAUAUGGAUAUGUGAAAUUUGUAAGAACACGGUGAAAUAUUUUAACACAAUCACUCGCAAAUAUCGCCCUAUUAUUUGAGCAUCUUAAAGACCGGAUUUAAAAGGACUGAAUCAUACCUGGCACCAGUGAACUCAAACCUUUAAGUUGAAACCACAAGACAAAAUGACUUAGUUGAAGCACACUUAAUACACGUACUUUGAAAUCGCAAAGGUAAAAUUUGAAGGGAAUAACAUGAGCUAGCAGAGCGUGUGGCAGGCGGACCUAGUCCUUGUGUGUGAGCUCCCUAGAGGUGAAGUUGGUAAGCAGGUAUUAAGAUGAGGUAACGUGGAGGUGGUCCAUCUCUCACCUGCGAGGAGGUGGCACCUCUCACACCUGCCUGGAGGUGGCACCUCUCACACCUGCUUUCAGGUGGCACGUCACACACCUGCCUGGAGGUGGUCCAUCUCUCUCCUGCGAGAAGGUGGCACCUCUCACACCUGCCUGGAGGUGGCCUAUCUCUCAUCUUGGUGGAGGUGGCACCUCUCACACCUGCGUGGAGACGCACAUCUCACCUGCGUGGAGGUAGUAGAAGGGCUGGAACAAGGAUGGUUGGGUCCCCGCCAUGGGAUGUGGACGGAGUACACUUGGCAGUGAUAGUCCAAAGAAGAAUAAGAAGAACGAGUGCGACUCGGACUGCGACAGUGAAGGAGACUCUACCAGCAGUGGUGGCAGCUCGUCCAACAGGAAGCAGCAGCAACAGCAACAGCAGCAGCAGCUGAACAACAAACUUGUUCCCUUUGGUGCAGGUGGACCUCUGCUGGCCCAGGCGAAAAUUUCUGACAGUCAGCACGACUUCUUCAUGAUGCUCGACGAGAAGAUAGAAAACGGUCCGGAUUAUGACUCUGAGACAGAGGAAAUGGAGCGACGACGGCGUCUGCAGGAGUAUGCAGAACAAUGGGUGAACCUCGCCAAUAACAGGGGAGGCCUUACAUUUUCUGCCAACCCGAUCCUCAGACACCCUGAUGAGGACACAUGUGGUUCUGGUGAUAUCACAGAGGAUGAUGAAGAUGAUGAUGGACUCAACGAGCCUGGACGAAUACCAGAUGAAGCUGUGCGUGAGCAGUACAUGUUCAUGGGCAAUCUCUAUACACUCACACACAUUCGCACUGAUGCUGACAAGACUGAACCCAAAGUGGAUGUGGUGUCUGUGCCAAAACAGUGUCCAGUGGAAGAAAUGAAUGUAGAGGAUGUUGAGCUAGGCCACAAGCUGAAUGGGUCUGCAGUCCCAGAAGAGUCAGAAAAGGCAGAGAAUGGUGUGGCAGAUGGUGGAAGUACAGAUAAACCUCCAAUGAGGCCAUCUAAACCAUCCUCAAGACCUGCUUCUCUUAUUCUUAGAUCAGUAUUCCCAGCAGAGAGUGUGCAAGACUGACCCACUUUCCUAGAGUGUGAAAACCAAGCUUAGUACAUGACCCCACAACAGGGUACAUUUUGUAGCCUUCAAGGCUCCAUAAAUUAUAAUUUUGUUACUAAAGUCAUUUUAAGUCAAAGACUACUGUAUGAAGUGUUAAAAUGCCUCCAGUGGACUAUACAAGCUUCUACUGCAGUAUAAUGUGGUUAUGUUGGUAGUGCCUAAAUGUAUGGUAACACUGCCAGGGAUACACUGUCAUAGCAAGCACCCUGGUGCACUGACAGCUGCUGUACAAACUACUUGUAAUCAUUUCAUUAACCAAAUUAAAGUAUUUUCUAAUACAAAUUCAGCUCUGUAUGUAACCAGAUAAGUCAGAAAAUUGUAUUUAACUUUGGCAAAUUAAAAAUAUAUUAAUUUUAAAGAAUAAGAUUCUUACAAUGCAAACAGACCAACUUGGUGCUUAUUGGAUUCAACAGCUUGAGUAAAGUACAAUUUUAUUGCCAGUGUGAUUAACAAUAAAGAUUUAAACAUGUGCAUAAAGAACCUAAGUGUUAACUAAAUCAUGUCAUAUGUUUGCAUGUGGCUUUAGACUGUAUUAAAUCAAGAUACACAGAUGUUUAAGUGGUUCAAAUCACUGUUAUAUGUUGUAUGUUAAUUUUCUUCCUGUAUUUUGUGUGCUGGUUAAUGAGUCCAUGAACAUAUUACUCCUCUCUUUUGGGAAUGCCUCAGAUUGGCAAAGCUUAACUGCUGUUUAAAUACAUGUGUAUCAUUAGUGAUUUUUCCUUUUUUUUUUUAUACAGUACGUACAGCACUGUUUUCCUGGUCUGUUUCUGAAAAUAUAUUAGGAACUUUAAUAAAUCCCAAAAAUAAACACAAUAAACAAUAUACUGCAUAAACCUUACAACAAAGCAUUUACUUGUUAUAUAAUGAUUUUAGAUUUUCUCUUCCAAACUCUUUGAUGCAGUUAUUUACAGCUAUUAUAGAAUAUUUAAGUAUCAUCUGGGAUAGAGGUCUUGGGAAUGGCAUGAUAGGUGUAAAGAUUGCUAAAAAAUAGUGGGGUACUAAAGUGCCACACUUUGAGUGACUCAGGGUGGUGCAAAGAAGCGUUGGCUCUGAUAAUAUAUAAGAAUCUAAUAUUUUAUAUUAAGCCACAGUCAAUAUAUAUUAUACUUGUACACUAAAGCAAGGAAUAUUUGUACUUCUUGCAAUCUGUUGCCCACUCGCUCCUCUAGGUGCUUAGCAAACAACAGAAUUUCCUAGGAAGAACUCUCUUGAAACCUCAAAACCCCAUUAAUUUGUAGACAAGACACUGGUGCAUUGCUUUCUGUGCAUCAAUCUUGAUAAUUAUUAUCAGUGACCAGCAUGCAGAAUAGGUGUAGAAUUAUGACUGUCAGUAACUAUGUAACUGUAAUAAGUUGGAAUUUAUGUAAAUACGGGAUAAAAUAAACAGACUGGGCUCGAACCCAUGGCAGGAGAGUCAAGACAGGAUCAGGGCAGGUCAGCCAUGAUAGUCUGUGCCCUAAAAAUAAAUAAAAAACGUUUGUUGAGAGGUGCCAUCAUGACCUAGCUCUCCUCUUUCUUCUUUACCUUCAUGUUGAAAACAUGGCAGGAAGAUCUGGUUUAUUACCCAAAAUCCCAGACAGAUGAUUCUGGGAAAAUAGUGCUUUGCUGUAUACAGCACUGGAAAAAAUUGAAUAAAACUAAAAACCUCACAUACAGAUGUUAGAAAAUACUGUAAUAGCUCAGUUUCAUAAUGCAAAUGUUAAUUAACAUAAUUCUUUGUUAUUUUAGGUGGUACUUGCAAAUGCUAACAUUCUAGAAAUAUAAAAUAUGUUGUAUGGUUAUUGUAAUAUGAAGGUAAACAAGUUCUGGCUAUAAUAAAUUAUGAAAUACAUAGCUUGACUACAGUGUCAUAGAAAAAUCACCAAAAAUAUUUAUUAUAUAACCUUCAGUGUGCUUAAUUAUAUGUACUUGCUCUGAAAUUACAUUACAGUAUCUAACAUAUUCCAUUCUACUUCUGUAACUGUUAGUAACAUCAGAUAGCUUCAAAAAUGUAUGAGAACCUAGUUGCUUAAUGCUGAUGUAAUACUUUAUGUUAUUUCUAUUUAUUUUGAUAGCGGGGGUAAUUUAACUAUUUUCAGGUUAAGAGUUGAAAAAAUUAUGUAUAGUAUCUAAUUAUAGAUUGCAUUUCAUUCAUUGUUAACCUUCUGCAAAUCAAACAGUGCAGGGAGUGAGGGAAGCUUGAUCUUCAGUCUACUACCUGUGGCUCAGUCUUUGGCCAGUUAGGCUGUUAGUGAUUGCCUAAUAGAUAUUGUGACUACAAGAGGAGAGCGAGUACUGUAAUAACUGAUUCUGCCUCAAGAAAGGUUUGAGCAAUAAUAAGAGGAUUAGGUGCAGUUAUGGUAGCAUGAUACUUUAUGUAUUAAAGCAAGUAUUUUUAAGUUAUAAGAAAUAUGCUAUACAAUGAAUGCCUUACUUAAAGUGGCAGAGAAUUUAUUUUAACCUUAUGCUUGCUAUUAGAGGUGCUUCAAAUGGUAGUUAAGAAAUGGAAGAACUGCAUAUGAAAUACCAGUGUUUAAGAUUUAAAAAUUUCAUAGUACAAUAAGUAAUGCUUGUUAUCAGAUGUUAUUUAUUAAAUAAAUAUGUCCUGAGUAACACUUCCCAUGUUAUGAGUGCAAACCACCCAUAUUAAAUGUGAAUAAAUGAUCAAAAUGAAAAAAGUAUAUAAGCAAUUAUCACUAUCAUGUUGUUGAGUCAGGGCUGCAACAGACCCAAGCAGCUCCAAGUCAGUUUCACUGCUGUGAGGUUGACCAUCAGCAUGCUUUUGUAAAUAGAAAUGACAAUUCAAGUUAAUAAUUUAAUUAAUAAGAUGAAAAAUUUGAAAUACAGUGAUUGCACCGUAUUGGAUUAAACAUUGUUAUAGUAUUUCACUAAAAUACAGUAUUACUGAUUACUGUACUCUGUUAUAUACCAGCAGUAAUUAAUGUAGUGUAUUUAAAAAAUACACUGCAUUAAUCAUUGUUAUGACAAAUUGUGGUACAGUGAAGAAUAGCUGCAUAUGCAUGGCACUGGCCAUCCUGUUAGAUAACAUCAGUAUAAAUGCUGUACAGCGCCAUCUAAACACGUGAUUUAUGGCAACAUGUUAAGACUUGAAAUUUUAAACAAAAGUGAGAUAAUAUAGUGUCCAUAUAUAAUUUUCAUCACAUUUUCAGUGAUAGAAAUAAGGGAACAGGGAGAGAUUCAUGUGUAAACACUGCAACAGCAGUAGCCUAGCUUCACACAUGCUCUUAUCACAAAACACAGGUUUAACAGCUAGACUGAUGCAGUGUAUAUAUGUAAGUAUGCACAGUAUUGCAGUACUGACAUUAUAUUUACUUUCUUUCAUUUUAAUCCUGAUUAUGCAAAUGGAAGUAGAUAAUAUAAUGUAUAAAUAUUGCUUGCCUCACUUUUCAGGUAGGAAACUGUUGACUGACUCUAAUAAGGCUUUGCUUUUUUCAAAAGUGGUGAUUCCAACAAUACAUGUGUUACUGCUGAGUACAUGUCCAAGUAUAUAAAUGACACUGCAGAGUUGAUUGUAAUUAAAGGUUUGCAUUACUAAUCUAAAUUUAAAGUUCAGAUUACCAGUACAGAAAUGUGCAUUUGCAUCGGCACUGGUAAAGUCCUCACAUAGACAUCCAGAACCUGUGACUCCCAGGGUAAUAAAUAAUUUGUUUAUAAAUAUUUCUAGUAUCACAUUUUAGCCCUGAUGAUAAAGAGGAUAUGCAAAGGCCAUGUGUUGAUUGCAAUGCAGGAAACAGCUAAUUUGGUUCCAUAUGUAUAUGUAUAAAUACACACAUUAUCAUCACUUUCUUCAUAAGAUAUAAAAUCUCUGCAUGAACUGACUGCUGAUGCAGAAAAAAAAAAUUUACAUACAUUUAUGAUGACAGAAAAUAUACCAUUGUUUUAUACUUGGGGUUAUGGAAAAAUCCAAGUGCAGUAUCUUGAGUAAAAGCAUCAACUACUCCUUUCAAAUCUUAUGGCCAGUAAUAGAUGAUAUUUAUUCAAGUAUUAAUGUCAUAAUCAUGGGGAAAUGUUAAAAUUAUAAGAGGUCAUUCAUCACCUGGGAGAGUAGAAGUACAGUAAUUAGAUUUGAUCUAAAGAUAGGAUAGCUCCAAUACAAUAAUUAUGUAGCUUUGUAUUAUGACACAUUUUAAAUUUUUACUAUAAAUUUGUCAAGCACUUUGUUUUGAGAAAGAGCAAAUGACAGUAAUGUGUGGUAGAAUGGAAAUAUUUUAUAUACUGUAUGGAAUUAUUUUACUUAAAAUUCUCUCCCAUUCUCCUUUGCAGUACAUAAAGUGAGAUAUUAUUAUUAUUAUUACAUAUAUAUAAUGAGGUAUUAUAUAUAAACCUUUAAACAAAGGUUUAUAUAUAAUACCUCAUUUAGUGAAGUCAUAUAGCAAUACAUUUUUUUAAUAAGUGAAAAAGUGUGGAAUUCAAAAGUUGAGUCAUGGUAAGCUAUUGCUGGGGAUUUUUACUCUUAGCAAUUCAACCUUUGUUAAUACUGUAUAUAAAAUCUGCAGAUAUUUCAUAAAUUAAAUAUUUCUUCUUUACCAAUGCAGUACUUGGAUAAUGACCCAUGCUGUGUGUUAUCACAUUAUUUCAUAUAUUCGUAAGGAAGAGCUAAACCCAAAAAGGGUCGUACAGUGCCUGGCAUUUGCUGUCAUAAAAUAUAUUCACACUUUCCUUUUGUAAAAUGAAUAAGUAUGAAGCACUUGAACCUUCAUAAGAUACUAAACUAAGAACUGCUUUCUGAUACAGUAAUUAGUUUAUAAGGGAACACUAAGUUUUCUGGUGCUAUAAAUAUUGUGUGUAUCCCAAAGUUUAAAUUACUUUAGGGGCUAUUAAAAAAUAUGCAUUUAAGCAAUUAUAGCUCCUCAGAGAUGGAAAAAAUACAUAAAUGAAUUCCAGAUUUAAUGAUUAAAAAUGACUUAGUAAUUAUAAAAGUGAGUUGAUUAAUGUGUAAUGGUAGAAUUGCCAACCUGAUAGAUGAUGUGAUUAUUCUGUUACCCGUAACCACAUAUUUUAGGUCACUAAACUCAGAGUAUGAUCAUUUGAAGUUCUGAGAUACUUUUAUUGCAUGGCAGUUAUUCAUGUAGUUUCAGCAUCAAGCCACAUGACAGUUUAUUUGUUAAAGGGGGUCAGAUAUAAAAAAAAAAAAUUAUUAAGCAUUAAAUUAACUCACUUGUUAAAUUUCCUGUAAAUAUUAUUGAUGAUUGUAGCUUUGAGUGCAAUUUUAUUUGUACAAUAAUAUUAAACUUGUUAAAAAUAUGUAGAAAUUUGUACAGUAUCCUGUAUAUGUUUAUAGUUGCAAAGUUUGAUUGCUUCAGUAUUAAAAAAACAUAAUUUGUUUAUGUAAAGGUUUGUACAUUGUUUAUGGGACUGGAUAUAUACCCAGGAAAAAUUGCCUGUAAAGUUGUAAAUAUAUAUACUGAUGCAUAGGUUUAUGUAUAUUAUCUUUAUAAAUGUAUUGAGUAUGUUUGUUAACUAAAGUCAAUUAAUUUUUAUAAUUUCUCUAAAUUCUAGUAAACUAGAGAAAAGAUAGUAAAAACUGAAUAUGGUUAUACAUUACGUGUAUGUGCUUCAUUUAUGUGUGCAUGUAACCCUAAAAGAGAUUGUAUGAGCAUUGAUUCAUUAAUUUUGACAAUGUAAGGACACAUUUCUUAAUGGCAAGCAGAACUGGUAAUGUGUUAAAUGUCACCCAGCAUGAUGUAUACAUGGUGUGUCAUUCUAUUCUUCAGAAGCCAUGGCAAAGUUAUAUUUUCCUAAUUCAUGCUUUAGUAAAUUUUAAAAGGAAUAUUUUUUUUAAAUUAUGGUCCAAAAAUUAUAUGAAGACUACCAUUUGUGAAAACUGACAAGGCUGAAAUUUGCUUUGAAACAAUCCCUUUGUAUCAUAUAUGGAAGAUUUUUCCAUGCUGAGUAAAAUUAUGUUGGUUUUGUACGAGACCAUACUUACCAUAUUUAAGGAUUAUACAAACAAAACUUAUGGAUAUAAUUGAGUACUUUGCAAAAGAGUGGAGUUCAGUACUCUAAUGUAUCACUAAAAUAUGAUGCUGUAAGUGUUGUGUUACAAUUCUCUACUUAGAGGAUGGAAAACAAAGUCUGAUAUUUAUUAUAGUUUUCCCUAACAAGAUAUAAUAAUUUAUCAGUAUAAAAACUUGUGCCAAUGAUCUUGGCCUUCUGAAAUAGUGUGAUAAUUCACUAUUAGUUCUUCCAAAACAAUGUGAAUACUGUAUUUACUUACAGGAAAUUAGUGAUUUCCUCUUUUAUUUUGACUGAUUAUGACCUUGAACAUAGCAACUGGAGAUCUGAAACUUGUACAUGACCAUUCAGUUUCUCUUCUAAACUUCAUUGUAUUUCCUUGUAUCAAGUGCUGGUUUGGUUAAAAUAUGAGCAAUCAUUGAUCUGAAAUGCAUAUUUGACUUUUAGAAUACAGUACUGUACUUGCAUACUUAAGGUAUCAACCCUUGUGAUGGGCUGCAAGUUCCGGGUGAACAUUUAUAAAGUGUGCUCAGUAACUAGAUGACAUGUGGUGUAGGACAGCCUAUUAAUAAAGAAUGCCUUCCAUUUCUGGAAUGGAUAAUAAAGCUUUAUAAAGAAUAUGGACAAGCAUUACAAGCAAGUUUUAUUUAAUUUUUAUUACAUGGAUUAUUUUUCCUAUUUGUCUUACUACAAGGUAUCAAUAGUAAGGGUGGAAAUAUCCUUGCCUUCAGAGCACUGUUUGCUCAUCACUGUUGUUGAUAUGCACUUUUAUAGUAAAUAAGCUUUUAAAUCUGAGAGUUAAAGAUAUUCACAACAGAUUUUAUCAGAUAUUUAUACAAUAUUUGAAUUACUAGCAUUAAUAUGAUGUUUAAUAAAUUUACCAGGUAGGUUGUAUUUAAAUGUACCCAGUUAGUUGCUACUGAUUAGUGUACCCAUGAAUAUUAUGUGCUACUCAAGUUGUGGAAGUUAAGAGGAGGGACUGGCUCAACCUCUACCAUAGCUUCAAUCCUCUAGUGGGGCCUUAAUCCUAGACAGAGAGACAAAUUUUCACACAUUAGACAAGGAACAGAAAUUUUGUCUGAAAUUUGUAUGUUAAAUUGGUUGAAAUUCAACACUGUUUGUAUUACAGCUACUUAAAACAAAGUUUAACACAACUUCUGCUUAAUGGUUGUGUAAUGAAAUGAGGCAAUCUGCAGCACAGUUUUUAAAUUUUCCUAGAUAGAUCUGAGAUUCUGACUAAAAAUGAUGUGGGUUGGAUUUUUUUUUAUCUUAAUAGUACAGUAAUUUCAAUAGUACAAUGCAUGGCAAAGGCAAGAUGUUGCUAUUAAGUCAUGGUUGUUCAAAUGAGCAUAAAUGUAAUAUUUUAUGACACUUUUAAUGCUUAUUCAUGAGGUUUAAAUAUUUAGCUUAAAAUCACAAUGUAUGUUUAUUACAUCAGAUGAUGACUAGUGAAAUUUAAUAAGUUAAAUUGCUAAUAUAUAUUUGGGUAAACUCAAAAAAGUCAUUCAAAUUAUUAGUUAAAGUAAAUGUACAGUAGAAUGAAUUUAUGUAAAUUUUAUAUUACUGUAAUAUAUUUCUUAAUUUUAUAACAAAUUACUAUUAUACAUGCAGUGAUUAUAUCUGUAUCUGAUAGCCAGUAUGUUUAUGGUAAAAUUAAACCUCCAAAUUUGCAUGCUUUAUUUAUCCAUUUUUUUUUUUUACUGAAGGGUCUCUUGUGGCAAGUUUAAUUUUGUUUUUCAUUUUCAUGGUGCCCAUUUUGAUGAGGCUUGGUGCAGAAUCCCUGAAUACAAAAACAGUUGCAGGAGUUCAAUCAAAAUGUGUUUGAUAAGAUGUUUUUUUUCUUUCUUUUUUUUUUAUAAAAUCUAAUACAGUAUUUCAUUUAUUUUGUAAUUUAAAGUUCUGAGUGUGAAGAGUAACCACAUUAUUUCUGAGCACUAUGGGUAAUCCAUGUAUUUUUCAGUGUAUAGGUAACCACACCUAAACACUAGAGGUAACCUCCCUCUCUCUUUAGGAGCAUGAGCAGUAACUCCACUAUUUCUGAGUGCAAGGGGUUAAUGUGGUAUUUCUGAGCAAGAGUGGUAACUAUAAUUUCUGAAAGUGAUGAGAUUCUGCACCAAUUUUUAGUGGGAGGAGAAAUCAGGCCAUUUUUGAGUGUGAGGGGGUAAUCGUACUAUUUUUUAAAGAAGAGUUAGCCACACCACAUCAAAGUGCAAGGGAGUAACAGUACAUUUUAUGAGUGCUUGUGAUAACAUUAUUUCUGAAUGUGAGGAGUUAUGGCAUUUCUUAGUGUAAUGGUACCAUUUCUUUGACUUAACAGUGCCAUUUCUAAGCACAAGCGAAAGCUAUACACUAUUUUUGGGUGCAAGAGGCACCUGCACCUUUUUUUUUUUAUCCAUUUUUUAGUUAAAAGGAACCACCCUUUUUUUCUGAACACAAGGGGUCACUGCACCAUUUCUGAGCAAAAGUCAAGUGAAUUAUUUUUGAGUGCAUAGGUCAGCAAUCAUUUUUGAGCACGAGGGGCAACUACCAUUUUUGAGCAUGAGGGACAGUGCUAUAUUUUUUGUGAUUGAGGGGCAACUACACCAUUGAGCACAAAAGGUAACACCAGUAUUUCUGAGCAUGAAAGAUAACUACACUAUUUCUGAACUUGAAGGAUAACUUUACUGUUCUUUAGUGUGAAAGGUAGCACAGGAAAACAGCAGUAGAAAAGAACCCUUGAUUUAAGAGACCAGCAUGAGGGAAGGAUGAAUCACAAAAUCGUAAUGACACGAUUGAGACUGAUCACGGGUUCUAUCCCCGCUCGUGGUAUGGUUUCUGAGGAAAGGAGCAUUUAUUAAAGCCAAUUGUCCAUUAAAUCCUAAUGAUGUGAUGGUGUUUUCCUUGACUGUAACAAUAAAGGACAUUUUUGGAUUCAGCGGACUCUGUUAAAUCCAGAAUUGUCCAUUAACCCUUAAAUGGUCCAAACGUAUAUAUACGUUUUUUCAACAUCUGAAAGUAUGUAAAAAAAUGCAGAUCUUUUUUGUUUUACAUCUGAAAAUGUGUAAAAAAAACUUUUACCUACCUUUUUUUUUUGUUACAUUUGAAAAUAUGCAAAAAAAAUUAGAUCUACUUUUGUAGCACUAUGAAUUUGAACGUCGAUCUGUUUGGACCGUUUAAGGGUUAAAUUUAGAAUUUUUGUAUUUAAUGGACUUUGUCCCAUGAAAUGCAAACAAUUUACCCAGCAGACCACAACAAUAACAGUGGAUUUUUCCAUUAACCCUUUCAGGGUCGGCAGGCCCUCUCCUAAACUUGUUCUCGGGGGUCGGAAAUUUUUCGAAAAACAAAAUAAAUUAUUUUUUCUUAUGAAAUGAUAGAGAAUCUUUUCCUGAGCAUAAUGACACCAAAAGUAUGAAAUUUGAUAGAAAACUUAGGGAAUUAUGCUCUCGUGAAGUUAGCGGUCUUGACGAUGUUUCCGCAUCGGCGAUUUUGCCCGCUUUGAGCCCUAUUUUUGGCCAAUUCCAAUGUACCAGUAGAACUCCAUUUUUUCUGUCGAGUGAGUACAAGAAGCCACCCAUUUACCGAUUUCAACUAUCCAAUAAAGUGGUCAGAAAUUCGCAAUUUUACCAAUUUCACACAAAUUUCAAAAGAUGCCAAUUUCCAAAUAGGGUCCAGAAUAAACAAGCCAGACAUUCCUGGUGCUAAAAUAACAUUUCCUAUGUUCAUAAGUCAUGUCCCCAGGCCUCUGUUACAUUUCUUUUGCUUUCCACUUUGAAUUUUUAUUCUCACAAAAAAAUAGAUUUACUGUUAUGCAGACUACUACAUUAGUGUAGAAUAUCAGCACACUUGUGAAAGAAUAUCAAACUCGCCGGUUGACGUGUAUUGGACGCAUGGCAUGAUUUGUUUACUUUUGAAUUUUGACAAAAAUCGAACAUUUCUGCUACUUUGAGCUCAAUUUCAAGGUACUUUUCAUUGUGAAACCAAUUAAAAUCUCUCAAUUUCUGCAAUAUGUCUUCCAUUCUAUAAAAUGAGACCAGGAAAACUAGAAUACAACCAUAAAUACCAUACAAAAAUAGUACACUGCAAAGCCGGUUUUAAACCAAAAACACGGUCGGAGUUUUUUCUCUCUCAUUAUGCACUGUGUGCUGCAAGAUUUUUUUUUUAUACUGUGCACACUGACCACAUAGACCCAUUCUUUCAUAUGUAGGCCUACCAGCUUUCUCUCGCUACAUCUGAAGGCGCCAGAAUUUAUGCGUACUAGUACGGCACCGACCCUGGCGUGCAAGCCGUACUAGUACGGCACCAACCCUGAAAGGGUUAAAUUAAAAAUUAAUUUACCUAAUAAACUAUACAAAGAAUGGACUGUUCUAGAUUUAAUGAGUACUCCAUUGCUUCUGGACAUUCUCCAGACACAGAUUUUGUCUUUUAAAUCCAAAAUCUUCUGAAUCAGGGUCUGUUAAAUCGCAGUUUAAUUGCAUGUCCUUUGACUUGAAAAUACCAUACUAGGGUAUGGUUAUUCCUUGUGCUAGAAAUUGUGCAGUUGUUUACCCCUCGCACUCCUUGUGCUCAGAAAUUCUGUGAUUACACCUGUUGCUCAGAAAUGCUGCUGCUACACAUCACAUUCAGAAAUACUUUAACAUUUCUGCUCCAAGUUAGUGAGGUUAUCCUCUCACACUUGGAUAUAGUGUAGUGCAGUUGACACUUUUACCAACGAAUACUUUUACCCUUUGCUUUCAAAAAUACUGCAGUUAUUUGUCACAUUCAGAAGUCCUGCUGUUACCCUUCACACUCAAAUUGUGCACUUGCUAAUUGUGCUAUUAUCUCUCAUGCUCAGAAAUAGUAGUUACCUCUUUCAGGCUCACAGUGUGGUCACCGCUCAAACUCAUUGCAAAUCUGAAAGAAUUUUUUAUAAUAGACAGAAUUUAGUGUAAUGUUCCAAUUCUGGUUUUGAGGAUCUCAAAAAAUGCAAGAAUGCAAAUUUGGGGGUUGCACUAUACAAAUAAAGUACAUACCACAAUUAUAUAAUAUUAUUGUAUAUACAUUUUUUGAAGCCAAGCUCCAUGAUAAGAUUAAUAAUGUUAGAAUCUAAGAUGCGAUUUCCAAAAAAUGCGCUGAUAACAGCCCCAGAAUGUUAUCCCUAUGUGUGUGUUUGUGUGCCUCCGUCUAGGCUACAGGACCUCACUGUAUGUGUCUGUGAUCGAGUCUGUAUCAGUACUAAGUUUAAUAUUAAGAUUAUAAGUUAUGGACUACUACUAUUUAAGUGUUGACUUUGCCAAGUCUGUUGUAAAGGUAAAUUUAUUAAAGGAUAUUAGCAAAUAAUGAUAACUGUUGUGCAUUGGCUACUGUAUGAUAAAUUCUCAGUACAGUACCAUAUUAAAAUUGUAUGCUAUGUAUGUAUUUAUUAACCAUACUUACAUUUACGAUAUGUGCAAACACACACUAGAAUUGGUUAUUCACUUCAUGCAAGAUUGUUACAGUACUUUGUUGAAAGAAUGUCUUGGUCCUCCUUGAUGUCUACUUGAACACUUCCAUGAAUUUAAGGCUUUAUUUUUUAAACUUGUAUAGAUGACUAACAUUUGUAAGAUAUCUAAGACAAAAGUAUAUCUAUAUACAGCAAAUCACUUCAGUGAUUGCUGUUCCUGGCACUAGUCUGUUACAUGGCAAUAAGUUAAUUUGUGGUAUGCAAAUAACUGCUGUCCUGUCAGUCAUUAGUAUUGUGUGAUUUAUUGUUAUCUACCGGACCUAAUGAUUGCUGAUGUACUGUUGGCUGUAUAAUGUAUGACAUAAAUGACAUUUCAGAUGUUUGCCUACCAUAUCAAGUUAGACAGAUGUCUAACAUUAGACAGAUGUCUGGUGAUUCAGGUGUCUAAUAAAAGGUAUAGAAAAUAAUAUGAUUAAUGAAUGAUGACUAAAUACUAUAGUAUGUAUGUAUGAUAAUUUGUUCAGCAAACCACACACCAAAUUGUUAGACAUACAGGUUUAUUCUUUAAGCUUUUCAAGAAUGGUUUAUGAAAAUAAUAAUAUACAGUGGAGCUUUGGUGCUCGAACUUAACUGGUUCCUAGGUAGCAUUCAAACUGGAAAGUUCAAUGUUUGAAACAGUAUUUCCCAGGCUUUAUCAGCCCCUCACACAGAUGUUGAACUGACUCUUCCAAAAGUCUCUGAGAGUUAGGUCAGCAUCAGAGGUCACUUACAGCACUUUUGAAACGGCUUUCGUGUAAAGCUUCUUUACAACUGAAUUUUAAACAAGCCAGCACAUUUGGACUUCAGAAAAAUGUUCAGACUGGGUUAAUUUUUUCUGAACAAAACUGUUCAGAUUCCAGUUCAUUCAAACACCAAGGUUCCACUGUAUAUAUUAUUUUUAUGGUGAAGCACUAAACCCUCAGGAGUCAUGCAGCACCUAAGGAAUGGGAGGUAAUCAAAUCUGAUCCAAGGAAGGGGAGGGUCAUUCCAAUUCUUUGGAUCAAGAGCCCUCACCAAUAUCUAGGUAUCUCUCACCUUGAAUAUAAUUUUUAUCAAAUGACAGUUGUAAAUUUAUUAAGCAGGGCACAUAGUGGGCACACAAACAUUUCAUCCAAAGCAUCAUGCUACAGAUUUUUCAGUGGAUUAGUUACUCCCAUGAUUGGAUAUUAGCUGUUUACCUAAGGCUCCAUAUGUUUUUUACACCUUUAAUGCUUGUGGAUGUUUAUGUACAGUACAGUACUUAGUUUGUUCCCUUGGUAGGUACUCUAUGUUUUUUAUUCAGCUCAUUUGCUGCAUCCUUAGUUCCUGUAGCACAGUGGUAGUAUGUAUGCAAUAAACACGAGUCAUCUGUUGAUUUACCAAUCACCAUUUUUUGUGUGUUCUUGCCAUUUACUCCUUUGAUCAGACUUGAGAUAUGUGUAUGUUAUUUCCAGUUAUACAUAACAGAUAAUGUGAUCAUUUAUUUUUAAUUUUCCAAAUCAUACAUGGAUACUAUCCCAGCUGUAAAUUUACUUAUCAAAAGUUAUGGGAAAUAUAUCACUGGCUUUUGCAGAAUGUUUAAUUAGCCAAUCAUACAGUUCCUAACCCUGGAGACAAGUUAUAUAUCUUCAUCAGACAACAAGAGAUGGUUGUUCUGGAUCAUUCACCAUUUUGUCUAAUCCUUGGAGUUGGAUAUUUCAUGUAUACAUACAGUAUAUGUAUUCCUUUAUUAUUCAUAAUUCUUUCCUUCAUUAGAGUUACAGCUAUUGGGAGAUUUAAAACGACAGUAUUCUUUUUUACAAGGCAGUUUGUACCUGAUGGGACAAAUUUGGAAGCUGAUUUAUGAUUUUGGAGAGUUAAAAGUGAUCUUGUCCAACUUCUUUUUUGUGUACCAUGUAUUCUCAUUGUCUCUAUGACAGCUGCAAGCUUCAUUAUCUCUCUGGUCCAGCAGUUUCUCUGGAAUUUGGUAUGAUCUUUGUUUCUGCUUCCUUCAAGAGGAGCACCUUGACACUGAAUUGUUCUUUAUCUAAGGAAUUGGAGCUACUUUUUCCUUCCUUGGAUCAAACUUGAUAGCCUCCCAUUUUCUAGGCAUUGCAUAACCCUAGUUGGUUUAGUGCAUCCCCAUGAUGAUAGUCUACAUUUCUGCUCAAGACUUAAGUGUGGAAAUAGUUCUAGUGAAUUUUCCUUCCUAAUGACUCCAGUUUGAUAGAAUUCUCUAUAUGAUUUAGUUAUUAAAAUUUUUUUAGAGGAACGUCUUGUGAGAGUUUCAUUGUCCCAAGGUGUCCUAUGGAUGAUUCUGAAAUAGAUAAGUGUUUUCUACUUUCUCAUUGUAAGGUUUGCUUUGGUUAGGUGGUAUAUUGGUAAAUGUAAUUGUUAUUAUUACUAUAUUAUUAUUAUUAUAAAAAGUUCUAGAACUGUAGGAGUCGUAUAGCACAUGGGAUAUGGGAGGCAAUCAAGUUCAGUCUAGAGGAGGGUGGGUCCAAUUCCUUGGAUCAAACUCCCUUACCAGCUGCAAGACACCUCCUCCCUGAAGGAUAUAUUAGUAAACAGUUAUGUACUAUAGCACUGAAUCAGGAACUCCAGGUUAUCUCUUGUUUGAAUGCCUGUGUAAUCACCUUGUUUGCUCAGUUUAAACUAUGACCAUUUUUGUUAAUGUGUUUACUAUAAUUUUUUUAUUUAUUUUACAGAAUGCAGUACAGUGGACCCCCGACUUACGAUAUUAAUUCGUUCCAGAAGGCUAUUCGGGUGCCGUUACCGAACAAAUUUGCUCCCAUAAGGAAUAUUGUAAAUUAGAUUAGUCCGAUUCAGACCCCCAAAAAUGCACUUACAGAAGCACUUACAAAAAUACACUUACAUAAUUGUUCGAGUUGGGAGCUGUUCGUAAGUCGGGGGUCCACUGUACUUAUAAUUUUUUGGGCAGUGUAGACUUAUUCAUUAUAUUUUAGUAUUAACCACA